UGGGGUGACGAUGGCGCUGCUGCGGGUGCUGCUUCUCCUCGGGGGGCUGCGCCUGCCCCUCACCCUGGGGCUCCUCCAGGACCCCCCAACCGUCUAYGAGGGACCCCCUGGCAGCUAUUUCGGCUUCGCCCUGGAUUUCCACAUGAGCGAGGGAAGGCCCAGCGUGGCGGUGGGGGCCCCCCGUGCCAACACCUCCCAGCCCGACGUGGCUCAGCCCGGCGCCGUCUUCCUCUGCUCCUGGCCCCCCGACGAGACCCCCUGCCACCCCCUCCCCAUCGACACUGCGGGGAACGAGAAGGAGACCCAGGGCACCUUGGAGCUCCGCACCUACAAGUCCCACCAGUGGCUGGGAGCGUCCGUCACCAGCUGGAACGGCAAUCUGGUGGUCUGCGCCCCGCUGCAGCACUGGAACGCGCUGGAGGGGGAGGACGAGGCGUUCCGCACCCCGACCGGCGCCUGCUUCGUGCGCACCCCGGGCCGGCGGCUGCUCUGGUACUCUCCGUGCCGCGACCGGACCAUGGCCAGCACCUACCGCCACAGCAGCUACGCGCAUGACAAGCGCUACUGCGAGAUCGGCUUCAGCGCCGCUGUCACCCCGGACGGGACGCUGGUGCUGGGUGCCCCCGGCGGGUAUUACUUCACGGGGCUGGUGUACUCGGUGGAGCUGGACAAGAUCCUCGGGCGCUUCCUCGGCACGUCCCUGCUGUGGCUGGGGACCCCCGGGCGCCCCACCGAGCCGGUGCCCAGGGACUACGAGGACGGGUACCGGGGGUACUCGGUGGCUGUGGGCGAGUUUGAUGGCAACCCCAAAACCAACGCACCCACCUGCUCCCCCAUUCCCUCGCUCACGGUGCCCCUGGCACCACGCGGUGCCACCCCCGGCCCGGACCCUUUCCAGGUGGCUUCGUACUUCGGGCACACGGUGGCAGUGGCCGAUGUCGAUGGAGACGGCCACGCCGGGCACAGGAAGGACGAUCUGCUGGUGGGUGCCCCACURUACAUGGCCCGGCGCCCCGACGGGCAGCGCAGCGAGCUGGGGCGCCUCUACCUCUACCUGGGGAGGGGGCAGCAGCCCCUGGCCGGGCCCCCCCAGACCCUGACGGGCACCCACCCCUACGGCCGCUUCGGCGCCGCCAUCGCCAGCCUCGGCGACCUGGACCAGGACGGCUUCGGCGAYGUGGCCGUGGGUGCCCCGCAGGGGGGUGACAGUGGCAGCGGGCAGGUGUUCAUCUUCCGCGGGCACAGCGAGGGGCUGACGCCGGUGGCCGCGCAGCGCCUGGACAGUCCCUUCCCCGGCCCCGCCGCCUUCGGCUUCGCCCUGCGCGGGGCCACCGACCUGGACGGCAACGGCUGCGCGGAUGUGCUGGUGGGGGCGUACGGCGCGGACAGGGUGGCCGUGUACCGGGGACUGCCCGUGGUGGUGGCCCGGACCCAGCUGAGUGUCCCCGACGGGCUGAACCCUGAAGUCCUGGACUGCGUCCUGCCCGACUCCAGCGUCCGUGUCAGCUGCUUCCCCGUGGUGUUUUGUGUCACCGUGACGGGCCAGCACAUCCCUCAGAGCAUCCGCCUGGAGGCGGAGCUGCAGCUGGACCGGCUGAAGCCGCGGCUGUCGCGGCGGGUCCUGCUGCUGCAGGGACACCAAUCGUCCUGGCAGGACGGGCUGCAGCUGGCACCGGGGACACCCCCGCGGUGCACCAACCUCACCGCCUACCUGCGGGACGAGGCCGARUUCAAGGACAAGCUGAGCCCGGUGGCUCUGAGCGUGGCCCUGGCRCUGCCCGGGAAGGGCCCGAGGCUGGUGCUCUACGGGGACACCCUGGUGCAGGCACAGACCCACAUCAUCCUGGAGGACUGCGGCGAUGACAACCUGUGCGUCCCCGACCUCCAUCUGGCCGCCGACACCCCCAGCCAGCGCCUGCUGAUCGGGGAGGAGGCGGCGCUGUCGCUGAGAGCCAAGGCCACCAACGCGGGCGAGGGCGCCUUCGAGGCGGAGCUGAGGGUGCAGCUGCCCCCCGGCACCCACUACCAGGCUGCCCGCAGCAGCAUCCCGGGCCAGGAGAAGCUGAGCUGUAACCCCAAGAAGGAGAACGGGACCCACGUGGUGCUCUGCGAGCUGGGCAACCCCAUGAAAGCGGGGGCCCGGAUCACCGUGGACAUGGAACUGAGCGUGUCCGGCCUGGAGGACAUGGGGGAGGCUAUCACCUUCCACCUCCAGCUGCGGAGCAAGAACAGCCCUAGCCCCAGCAACGCGUCGGUGACGGUGACAGUGCCCGUGGAGGCGGAGGCGGAGAUGGAGCUGCGAGGCAACUCCCUGCCUGCCACCACGGUGCUGCCCACGAGCUGGCACCGGCAGGAAGGCAGCCGACGGCUCGAGGAGCAUGGCAUCAAGGUGGAGCACGUCUACGAGCUGCACAACAAGGGUCCGAGCACGGUCAGCGGGGUCACCCUGCGCCUGGCCGUGCCMCACCUGCUGGGCGGCCGCGUCCUGCUCUACCUGCUGGAGCUGGGCACCGAGGGUGGCACCGACUGCUCCGGCCACCCCGCCCUCAACCCCGCCCAGCUGGACAUCCCCCGCCCGACGGGAGCAGCGCYCGGGAACGAGACCCACCAGCGGGAGCGCCGGGAGGCCGGGCCGGCCCCGGGAACCGCGCCCGGGGACCUCGUCCGAGUGGACUGUGACAAUGCCACGUGCGUGGACAUCACCUGCCACGUGCCCAGCCUGGCCAAGGACCAGCGGGCACUGGUCAGCGUCCACGCCCUGCUCUGGAUGGACACCCUGCAGCAGCCGGAGCACCUCCUGACGCAGUUCCUCAUCCAGUCCCAAGCCUGGUUCAACACCUCGGCCAUGCCCUACCGYGUCCAGCCCCGGCUCCUGCCCAGCGGCCAGGCCAAGACGGACACGCGYGUGGUGCGCGCCAGCCCCGGGGGCGAGGGGGCCGUGCCGGUCUGGUGGGUGGUGCUGGGGGCCCUGGCCGGGCUCCUGCUCCUCACCCUCCUCAUCCUCCUCAUGUGGAAGGCGGGUUUCUUCAAGAGGACGCGGCCGCCCGCCGAGGGGGACACGCAGGAGCCGGGCCAGCCCCAGGAGCCGGGGGGUGCCCAGGAGUAGCGGUGUCCCCGGGUCCCCCUGUGCCCCACCCCCGCCCAGCUCCGUGUCCCCACCCCUGAGUUUCCGUGGGACCCCAGCCCCCUCUGCGCCCCCCGGACAAUAAAUCG